GUAGCUCCAUUCUCCAUUUAUUCCUCUCUUCUUCUUCUGGAGGACGAUACAACAAAUCCCUCCAAACAACAUUUCUCAACCGCCGGAAACAAAAUCCGGCAGCGAACAAGAAUUCCACCGCCACCACAGCUACCUGAAAACCUCCCAAGAAAAAGUUCCCCCUAGAUUUUCUGUGACUGGUGAAAAUGGCGCCGGUAGAUCCUCACUCCUUCACCGACUCAGCUCACCCGCUCACCACCCACGUCGCCCUCUCCCUCUACUUCGACUUCCCUUCCUCCACCAUCCACGCCGCAGCGCUCCUGACCCUCGCCGCGCCUUGCUCCGGUCAGCUAUCCCUCGACGCCCGCUCCCUCGCCAUCCACGGCGUCCUCGACCCUCAAACCCUAGCCCCGCUCUCAUUCACUCUCUCACCUCCCGACGCCGUCAAGGGCUCACUCCUCUCCGUCGCGCUCGACUCCCACGCCUCCGUCCUCGUCCUCUAUUCCACCUCACCGGAUUCCUCCGCCCUCCAGUGGCUGUCGCCGCCGCAGACGUUCAACAAGACCCAUCCCUUCGUCUACACUCAAUGCCAGUCGAUUCACGCGCGGUCGGUCUUCCCAUGCCAGGACACACCCGCCGCUCGCAUCUGUUACUCCGCGAAGCUUAACGUGCCGCGGGAGCUGUCGGCGGUGAUGUCCGCCAGGCACGCCGGCCGCCGCGAUCCGGUUGCCGGGGACGUGAGCGAGGGGUUUAAGAAAGGGGGUUCUGCCGCGGGGCUCAAUUUAGAGUCUCUGUGGUGUGGGGAUAGGAGAGUGGUGGAGGAAUUUGUUAUGGAGCAGCCGAUUCCGCCGUACUUGUUUGCUUUCGCGGUUGGGGAACUGGGGUUCAGGGAAGUCGGGCCGAGGACGAGGGUUUACUCUGAGAAUGUGGCCGGAGUGUUGGACUCGGCGGCCAGUGAGUUCGCCGGGACUGAAGAGAUGAUCCGGCAAGGGGAGAAGCUGUUUGGGGAGUAUCCGUGGGAGAGGUUUGAUUUGUUGGUGUUGCCGCCAAGCUUUCCAUAUGGUGGAAUGGAGAAUCCCAGGAUGGUGUUCUUGACACCGACGGUGAUCAAAGGGGAUGCAAGUGGUGCUCAGGUUGUGGCGCAUGAAUUGGCUCAUAGCUGGACUGGCAACUUGAUUACCAACAUAAACAAUGAGCAUUUUUGGUUGAAUGAGGGUUUUACAACAUAUGCUGAGAGGAGAAUUGUUGAGGUUGUGCAAGGAGAAGAAAGAGCUAUUCUGAGCAUGGGAAUUGGUUGGAGGGGUCUGAACGAGGAGAUGGAGAGGUUUAAGGACAACAUGGAGUUCACAAAGCUCAAAACUAAUCAGGAAGGAAUUGAUCCAGAUAAUGUGUAUUCUCAAGUUCCUUAUGAGAAGGGUUUUCAGUUUCUUGCUCGAAUUGAACGCCAGAUUGGAAGAUCUGCAUUUGAUGAGUUUACCAAGAAGUAUAUCGAAAACUUCAAGUUCAAGUCAAUUGAUACUGAGACAUUUCUUGAGUUCCUGAAAGCAAAUGUUCCUGGAAUAGAGAAGGAGGUUGACCUAAAAUUGUGGACUGAGGGUACUGGCAUCCCUCCUGAUGCGUAUGAACCAGUCUCUGACUUGUACACUAAGAUAGUUUCACUUGCAAAUGAGUUUAAGCUCGGAAAGAUACCAGGGGAGGAUGAAGUUGCCACUUGGCAAGGGCAAGAAUGGGAGCUCUACUUAGAGAACCUGCCCAAAUGUGUUGAAGCCUCUCAGGUCUUAGCCUUGGAUGCUCGCUACCGGAUGUCAGAAUCAAAGGACUACGAGGUGAAAGUAGCAUUCUUGCAAAUGGCGAUUUCAUCCAAGUGCAGAGAUUACUACCCUGAAGUUGAGAAGACCUUAAAAGAAGUGGGGAGGAUGAAGUACCUACGCCCGCUCUAUACAGCUCUUGUUCAAGGCAGCGGGAACGAAGAGGAGAAGAUCCUGGCCAAAAGGCUGUUUGCGGAGGCUCGCGAGUGCUAUCACCCAAUUGCGCAAGGUGUCGUCGAAUCAAUCCUCGCCAAGAACCUCUAGAAGGCAGAAACAAACUGAAGAAACCUUGCAUACUCUGCAUAUGGGGUGAUGAAUUUGAGUAGUAGUACUAAGUAUAACCUCUUUUUUUUUUGUAAGUUUGGGAAUCUUUAACUUGGUCCAGUUGACGAGUCGUGCUAUCUGGCGAUUGGCCGACCUAAGUAUCGAAAGAAUAGGUACUUCUUCGGAUCGUAAUGAGGGUUUGAGAAUUCUUGAUGAGCUAAGGCUGAACAGUAUCUUAGUUUUUUUUCGUUCCAUAACUAUUUGGUAUGAAGUAUGAACUACUUUCGUAUGUUUUUGUUCAAGAAGUUUGAAGCAAGGUUGUCCGAGUAUCGUAGACUCGCCAAGAGAUGCAGAUUGACAUGAUUUGUGCCAAUUUUGUUGAAGGCGUGGAAACUCGAGAGAAGAAUCCGACGAAGGUUACAAAUCAACGAUCUUCUUCUUCUUCUUCAUCGAUUCAUAAAUCAGAGUGAUCUCAUUGUUUUCAUUUGGUCUAGCACCACAUUCCAUACACAUUUUCAGUCUUUUAUGAAUUGACAUGCUAAAGAAAAUGAUCUUUUGUGUUACGUGUUUCGUUUCAAAACGGUUAUAAUAUAACAUACAAAAAAUUUAUCUCGUAUUAAGGACAAAAACAAAGUAAGAAGUCAUAAACAAAAUUUCCAAACAACGAUCAUUAAUUAACUGUAACACAAUCAAACGAACUACAUUAAUAAAUCGUCAUCUCGUAUGGAAACCAAUAUAUCCAACUAAUGGCUUCAUAAAACCACAAACAUAUCCUUGAGGUGAACGAACAGGCACUAUAAUUAUAACUCUUUUUUCACCCUCUUUGGGAUUAGAGAUGGCAAUUUCGACCUGACCCGUUUUAGCCGAUCUGUUUGACUUAUUUUGGGGCAGGUCCGACCCGCCCCGUAGGCGGGGCAGGGCGGGCAUGGGUACCUCUAGUCGAUCUGACCUACCCUGACCCAUUCUCGACCCGUUCUUGCCUAAGUUCAUGUAAUCUUAGUCAAAUUACUUAGAAUUUUCUUUAUAUUACCUCAUUAUUUAGCUAUAAUAAAGUUGUAAAUAAGUGAAAACCUCAAUUUCUCCAAUACAUCAACUACAAUUUAUCAUAUUAUGGUUCAUUUCUUGGUCUUUUAAUGAAAAUAAUGAAUAUUUUUAAAGAUU